AUGCAAGCCCCGACUUGGAACCUGAAGAGACGCCUCGAGGUGCUUGAUCUCCGUGACAUCGACCGCGUCAAGUUGAGCGCACAGGAACCACGGAAACGCAACAUCACCAUACUGAAUUGGGGGAAAAGUAUCCGCGCCGAUGGCAAAACGCUCUUCGCUAUCGCAAGGGCACCCUUCCUCGGCGGCGACACGGGCUUCGAGAGAAAGAAGACAGCAGUCAAAGCAUGGUUGAGUCAACAUGAAGCCGUGCAAGACUAUUUUGUCGCUUGUUCGGCGCAGGUGAUUAGCGGGAACUUGGACGCGAUAUUCGAAGUGCUUGACUUGUACGGAGGGCCCUGCUUCAAGGCACAGCUGCCAGUGCCAGAGGAGGCGAGGAGGAGUCAUCAGAAGCAGCAGAAGCAGACAUCGACUCCCGUGGCUGCACAACAGGCUCAAACAUCCGCAUCUGCGGCACCGAUGACGCUGGCUCAGAUGGUGCGAGAGAUGAAGCAGGGAGAGAAGAAGUGUACAGUGACAAUCGGCAGCUCAUCGCCAGUUGUGCUACCCGGAAAAGCUCCUCCGGCAAACCCAGCAACACCCACAUCGAAUACCCAGCAGACCCGAUAUCACUUGAGGAGUGCGGGAGAAUUGCAGUCCAUGAGCUCAGGGGCAUCCAGUCCAGGAACUCCGCAGACUCGAUAUAACUUGAGAAGUUCAACGAAAAGGGCAGAUGUAGCAGAUGCCUCGUCGUCUGUUUCUUCAUGGAGCCAUCUCCUUCCAUCAGGACUGGCACCACCUGACUUCACACGUCAGCAGCCUCCACACAGUCCACAGAGAGCGAAGGACACGGAAAGUCCGUUGGAUCCACUGUCGCAACCUCUAGCAUCGAAGAUGACGGCACUUCUGGAGCAUUCGUCAAGGCCAGGCACUCAGCAGGUCUCCGUUCCUUCUUUCAAUGAAAAAGAAGGUCUUCAGCCGCAGCCAUUGCAACAGGUCAAGGGUCUACCAUCCGGUCGUCCCGACUGGAAGAUGAGUCUAUCGGAACGGCUGGGGCACUUUCGCAUCGAGCCAUUUGAUGCAGCUAAGCUACGCAGCCUGCAAUCGUCCGAGCGAGAUCGCUAUGUGUCGACUUGGCACAAGAUCACGAGUAAAGGUCUGACCGGCCUGAAGUACUUUCCCGCCUACGCCAGUUCUCAAGAUGGAUCAAACAAGGCCGAGACGGCCUACGAAUGGCGUGAGCGUUUCUGGAGGGAGUUGUCACCAUCGAAGCGAGGAGAACUCACGCGUGUAGUAGCUGAACUUCAGCAAGAGGCCAAAGGUGCUACCGCGAGGUUCGCUAACCUCAUUGCCUCUGAGCUCGGUGCGUACAUCGCUAUCACUGCAUUCUACCCUGGGGUCGAAUUCCCAAAACCGGACAUUCGGCAUCCCAGGUACGAGCACCUCGAUCUCGAUGCCAUCAUCGGAGACCCUUUUGCAGAUAAAUUGAAGCAGUUGAACGAUUGCUUUGAGGGUGAGGACCAGGACCUAUUCAACUAUCAUCUCUUCCCAAUGAUCUGCGAAGGUCUCGGUACCGUCUCUGUUGAGCCGGCUGUUCAAUCCAUGGUCGAUUUGCUCUGGCAAGGCCUGCCCCAGGAGAAGGCAUCGACCUGGAAGGACGGAGCAUGGUGGCUGAAAUCUCAGCUUAAGCAUAACGACCCGUUGGGUCUCGUGAAGCUUCUUCCGUGCAAGCCGUUCGAUGGCUCAACGGAUUAUCACGAGAUGGCAGAGGAUCUGCUGUUACGAUGGGCGAAGGGCGAGGUGCAGCUGGUGGGAGAGACGCCAGAGGAGGACACUGAGCUGCCGUCGACUGGGCGCUCAGAGCAGCCAUCGUCCACCUCUUCGACGUUGUUCCCGAGCAUACCGGAACCGGGCACACCUUCGACCGAGGAGAUCACAAGUCUGAUGGGUAAAGUCUCCACCCCAAACCAAGACGACAAUCUGCUCCAGACGAGAGCUGCCCGCGGUUUGGAGUCGUCGGUAUGGGCCCAUUGAUGGUCAACGAGAUGCGUCAAGUAUCGCGAUGACGUUCUAUUGUCUUUGUGCUGUACAGAGAAGAAGUGUAUGGACAUCAUGGGAGCGUAAAGCUAUCCAGAACUUUCUCGUUGGAGGGGAUUUUGGUCAUGUCGUCUGAACAAGGUGUUGGCUUGGUGGGAGAGACGACUAUACCAGGUGGCUGAGCAGUGUAAAGUGUGAGCGGAAUUCUGUGCAGACUUGAUGGCUGAUGAAUGUAUGUUCAAGUAACAGAGUCGAAUGGCAGAAUGUCCGCUCCAUUUCUGAGCCACAGAUCGGGUCUGAACGUUCUCACGCCAGGACUUGCCAUGUAGCCUUCGAUACGCGAAAGCGAUCGAGCGAGGCCGCCUGUUCGUGCUUCACAAAAUUGGCAUAUCGGCUUCGUGAUCUCCUGAUAUAUCCUUCUAUCGUUUUGACAAUUUGGAGCGACUCUUCUCUGGGAGUCUCGACACCAUUUGGGAGAGUAGAACCCAUUAGGCAGUGCCAUGUCAUCUUUCAUGAUCAUCGUGCUACCCAGCACCGCAGUCGUCCGAUAUAGUCACUCCAAGUUCUAGGAGUGACUAAAUGCCCUGACGUUUUUGAG